AGGAAGUUUUGAAGUGGAAACGAGGCUCAGUGUCUGCAACUUCCUCAAAUAACUUUCUGACUUUGUUUCUUCUCGUAUCUCGUGUUGGGACGCUUUAAAGAUUCAUCUACUGCGUUUGACCUCUGUCGGAGCUUGGGAAUCGUCGUACAAGCUUGAUCGACUCUUCUAUUUCGCCGAUCAUAAACAUGGUUCAGGCUGUUCAUCAUCACCGACCUACCCUCAAGCAGCAAAACAAGCCGUUUAAAUCUAAACAUGCGUCAAAAGGCUCACUAAAAGAGGCGGCAAAAGGCCGCUUGGCAAAUACGACUCCAAAACAGUUGUCUGCUACAAGUACAGCAUCUCAGCUGCGUCAGAACAGGCGCAACCAGUUAAAACAAGCGCAGACACACAAACGCCACGCUUUGGUCUCCGCUACCCGCAUAUUCAAUGGUGUAGACGGGGCACCUAGAGUUGUCGCUAUCGUGCCCCUUACACAAGACGUUGAUCCACGAAAUACUGCUGUCUCACUGCAAGAAUCCCUCGACGUCCCCACCAAUGACAUACCGGAUAGCGGCAUAUGGAGGCUGAGUGCCGACCGAUUCAAGACCUCACUGCAGUUCGUAACUGUUCCAUAUAAUAGAUUCUACUCUGCCUUGGACGCUUGCAAAGUCGCCGACUAUGUCGUCUUCGCUUUGUCCUCAGAAGUCGAGGUUGGCCCUUGGGGAGACACACUCUUGCGUGCCUUGCAAGCCCAAGGAUUGCCAGAAGUUGUCACAGUCGUUUCAUCUCCUUCUCCUAUGGAUACGAAAUCAAAACCGGGUAUCAUGAAGUCGCUGCUUUCAUUCAUUCAAUACUUUGUGCCAAGCCAAACUAGAGUUUUCGACUUGCACGCAAGUUCGGAUAAACUCAACGCCGUCCGUGCUCUUUGCGAGGGCAAGCCAGAGGACGUCAGAUGGAGAGAAGGUCGGACACACCUUCUCGGAGAGAGCGUUCAGUGGGACGACGGGACACUCAGCGUCACUGGUGUUGUACGCGGCGCCCCAUUGUCUGCAAAUCGGCUUGUCCAUCUUCCUAAUUAUGGUGAUUUCCAAAUUUCCAAGAUUAUGUCUGCACCAUUACGAAAGCACUCCAAAGGCGGUCACGUUGGUGGCAUGGACGUUGAGCCUACUCUACUCGCCGAACCCGACGAGGAAUCGGCGGACUCCCUUGUGUCAAGCAACGACCCUGAUGAUAUGGCCAAUGAACAAACAUGGCCAACAGAGGAAGAAAUGCGAGGUGCACCCGGUGAUUCCGAGAUAGGUGAUGAUGCUGUCCCAGAGGCAUCAAAAGGUACCACCCCAAAAGCCGUUAAGAAGAUACCUAAGGGAAUGAGUGAAUACCAGGCUUCUUGGAUCAUAGACGAGACUGACGAUGAGGAGGGUGAGGAGAGUAAAGAAGGCCCUGAGGAGAUGGAAGAGGAGGAAGAGAUGGUAGAUAUGCCUAUCCGAGAUGAAGACGAUACUGAAAUGGGAACGGACGGCAGGCGAAGCGUCGCGUUCCAAGAUCUUGACAUGGAGGAGGAAGAUAAACAGUUGAAAACAUGGCGGGGUCGCAAACGGGAGGAAGACGAUGACCUCGCGUUCCCUGAUGAGAUCGACACACCAAUGGAUGUCACGGCUCGCACUCGUUUCCAACGCUAUCGCGGGCUGCGAUCCUUCCGAACUAGUCCUUGGGACCCCUAUGAGAACCUGCCUAGAGACUACGCGAGAAUAUUCCAGUUUGAGGAUUACAAACGUACAGAACGAAAUGUUCGACGACGAGCCGGGGAGGAAGGCUAUGGUAUUGAGCCCGGAACUCGUGUGACUGUGUACCUCAAGGAUGUCCCUCAGGAUGCAGCUCAAGGGCAUGGCUAUCCUUUCGCCAUCUUCAGCUUGCUUCAACACGAACAUAAAAAGUCGGUCCUUAACUUCACUGUACAGCGGAAUACGGAGUACGAUGGAUCAGUCCGCUCGAAGGAUCCGCUCAUUCUCUGCGUUGGCCCGCGGCGUUUCCGCGUCAACCCAAUUUACAGUCAACAUACUCGUGGUGGCGGUAAAGGGGCCAACAACACCCACAAGUUCGAACGAUACCUUCGACAUGGCACAACUAACGUCGCCACAGUGUACGGACCCGUUGUCUUUGGCAACCAGCCCUGCACUCUCCUAAGGGAAACUGAGAAUCCUCAAGCACCUGAUCUUGUAGCCAUGGGUACUUUCAGGGAUGCGGCUACGACAAGGAUCAUUGCGAAGAGGGUCGUCCUCAGCGGACAUCCAUUCAAGGUUCAUCGCAAGACCGCUACUGUCCGAUACAUGUUCUUCAACUCAGACGACGUCAAUUACUUCAAGCCAAUUCAACUGCACACCAAACAUGGCCGCUCUGGCCAUAUCAAAGAGUCGCUGGGUACCCAUGGAUACUUCAAAGCACACUUCGAUGGUCCGAUCAGUCAGAUGGAUACGGUUUGUAUGUCGUUGUAUAAGCGAGUGUACCCCAAGUGGGCUGAGCCAUGGCGUGAGCCAGGAUGUGUUGCACUCAAUGGUGAUGGAGACGUAGACGUGGACCGGAUGGAAGAAUGAAGGAUUUCCAAGUUCCAUGCUUCGAUUGCAUUGGUGGAACUACUAGAGUAUCUGUAGUCCAGUUUGAUUGAUUCGCUUCAGACGUACACGUUCGCCUCUGCUCUAUGUAGCCAUGAACAGAUGAAAUCUAAAUUCCUGCAUGAAUCGUUGGACCAGGCACCAUCCUUGCACUUGCUUGUUGCAUCACCGUGGACGCGGUCCUGUCUGGGCGCAGUGCGACCUGACAGUACUGACUACUGAAUGCUGUGUUUGACAGGUUGUACCCAGCAGCAACCGAAGGGACAGAACGGUGUCCAGCUGCAAAUGUAAGAAGCGGCCCUUAUUCAGGUUGUCUCAGCGUGUCAUGGCCAACCCCGUCGUCGGUACUUCGACUGAAAGCGCCAUCGUACUUGAGACAGCGCAUGGGUCGC